UUCACAUAUAUACAAAUAUGGAUUGCUUCACCACUCUUCCACUGCUCCUCCUCCUCAGCCUCUUCACGAUUAGCUCCGCCGCCAACUUUGAAGUUCGUAACAACUGCCCCUACACCGUAUGGGCGGCAGCAACCCCAGUUGGCGGCGGCCGGCGGCUCGACCGAGGCCAAAGCUGGAACAUCAACGUGCCACCUGGCACGGCCAUGGCACGUAUAUGGGGUCGUAGAAAUUGCAACUUUGAUGGAAACGGGAGGGGUUCAUGCGAGACGGGUGACUGCGGCGGGGUGUUGCAGUGCACCGGGUGGGGAAAACCGCCCAACACUCUGGCGGAGUUCGCCCUAAACCAAUUCAACAACCUCGACUUCUUCGACAUCUCCAAUGUUGAUGGCUUCAAUAUACCCAUGAGUUUUGCCCCUACCAGACCCGGUCCCGACAAAUGCCAUGCAAUCUCAUGCACGGCGGAUAUCGUCGCCCAAUGCCCCGGCCCUCUCAGGGUUCCCGGAGGGUGUAACAACCCUUGCACCACCUUUGGGGGACAACAAUAUUGUUGCACCAAUGGACCAUGUGGUCCCACAGAUUAUUCAAGGUUUUUUAAGGGAUUGUGUCCGGAUGCUUAUAGUUACCCUCAGGAUGAUGCCACAAGCACUUUUGCUUGCCCUGGAGGAAGUACUGAUUAUAGGGUUGUUUUCUGCCCAUGAUGGAGUUAAUCAAGUAGGGGUUUGUGGAAAUCCUAAUGCCAGAUGAUGUUAACAAGAAUAAAGGCUUUAAAUAAAUCUUAUUGAAUAAGUUAAUUUGCAUUUAUUAUAAUCUUAUUGUAAUGUAAUGCAAAUUCCACUUUUUUACUAUAAAUUUCUUUUUUUAAUA